AUGGAUUUAGCUAGUUAAGAUUAAUUGGAUCCUGUUUCGAUUUAUUAUUUAAACAUCACAGAAUUAAAUUCAUUCCGAUUUGAUUUUAAUGAAAGAUGUGGCUUUAUAUUUUAAUGUUUGGGAAAAAAUCCAUUUUAUUUAAGAGGUGAAUUGGAAUACCAAUCUUUUAUCGAAAUCUCGAAAGAAGACUCUAAAAUGUGUGUAGACCAAAUUCAUUCAAAUAAUGAACAGUUUUCAUUGAACUUUUAAACACUUUAUGUCUUCAAUUCUAAUUCUCAAGUAGGAAUUCUAUCUGACUAAUCGGAUGGUUCAAAUAGAAAUACUAUUAUUUACAUUGUCACUUCGAUUGGAUUGUCAUUUCUUUUGAUUAUUAUUUUCGCUUGUUUUAAAUGUAAGAAAAGGGCCUCUUAAGUUAAUAACCUGUUUGGAAAUUCAUCAUCCAUGUCUCAAAAGAUAACACUCAUCAGAUAAAUGAAUAAAUUUAUGCCAAUUCAGACAUUCGAAGAAUUAAUCAGGAAAUUUCCUGGUCUAAGUGAUGAUCUGUGUUGCCCCAUAUGUUUAGAAAACUAUUAACAGGAUCAUAAGAUUCGUGUCUCAUAUUGCACUCAUUUUUUUCACUCUGACUGUUUAGAUCUUUGGAUAGAAAAAAAUGAAAUUUGUCCCACUUGUAGAUCUUCCUUAAAUUAUGAAACCCUUAAUAAAUUAACCAACACAGACAAUAAUGAUGACGGGCUCUAUCAAAAUGCAUCCUCAACUAAACAGAUUAGCAAUUACUCUUCAUAAAAAAAAAUAAGAUUGUUUGGAGAACACAAAUCAGCCAAUUCCCCAGCAGUUCCACUAUGA